AUGGCUGCAGGGACCCCGGAUGCAGAUCAUGCACUGUUUGAGGAGAUCUUGGGAGAGUGCACAGCCUUCCAGUUGGCAGGUGCACUCAAUGAGGAGGCCAUCAGGGAGGCUUUCAACUUCGUGACAAAGGCCCUGUUGGGCGAAGGGGAUGCCUCUCCGACAGCCCUGUCGACGCCAGCAGCCACUGAGGCCGUGGCACAGGUGCUGCAGGUCCAGCAGGCCAGCACCAGUUCAGUUGCGCCAAAAUUGGGCGACUCUCCAACAGCAUCUGCAUCCGCAGCUGCCGCGCAUGACCCCACUGCGGAUUACCCCUCCAUUCCAGAGGAGGAAGCAUCCGCCGAAGCUGGGUCGUCUCAUGCAGGCAGGAUCGCCGCUGGCACAGCAAAGGUGCAGGAGGCCAUUGCGAUGUCAGCAGCAUGGGCUAGCCAGAAGAUCAUGGAGCAGAGCAAAAGAUGGCAGCAGGACAUUAAGCCGACCCAUCCAGUUCAGAUAUCGCCAGAGCUGAAGGCACACAUACGUAGGGGGCGAGACCUUGCAAAGAAGGGUGCCUCAGUGGCGGGGCGGGUGAGUCAGACGGCGGCUGACAUCAGCGUACGUGUGGCAGACAGCAUCGUGCGCCGCGUGGGGCCCUCUGCCGGCUUUGGCCGCCAGCUGAACGCCGGGGGGCAGAGCCGGGCGGAAGCUGCGCAGGAGAUCGCAGCUGCCUCGCUGGUGGCGGCUGUGGAGAUCUACACAUCCAUGGAGGAAGCUGCGAAGACUGUUGUUGCCUCGUCUGGGCAGGCAACCGCCGACCUCGUCGGCCACAAGUAUGGGGCUGAUGCCGGGGAGGUGAGCCUGCAUGCGGCCGAGGCGACGACCCACGCAGCGACGGCUGCGAUGCGCCUGCGAACUGUCGGCAUCCGCUCCAUCGCCAAGCGCAUCGCAAAGCACACAUCCGUCAGCUUCGCGCGAGCCGCCGCGCAGCCGCAGCAGCGGCCGCCGCCGCCGCCAAUGCCGGCCGCCGCGCCCGCGCCGGCUGGGCCGCUGUCGCCGUUUGCGAUGGCACCGGCCUCCAUCCCUUCAGUGGAUCCACCUGCUGCGCUAGCACCCACACCCUCCGGACCCCUGUCACCCUUCGCCCUGGCGCCGCCGCCGGCGGAGGAAGCCGAGGGCAAGGCAGGAGCAGACAAGCCCAAGUAG